AGGUGUGUGCUGGUUGCAGUCGGAACUGGUCGCCCACCUCGCCUGCGUGGACUCGCCUUCCCUUCUUCUUGGCCGAGCCAAGACACACUCUCGCGUCUCUCCAUUCUCCGCUCGAUCUUCACCGCACGUGCUCGCUGCAGCCAGCUGUUUACGCUCUGGUCCGGAUUCAUCUGCGCGCACAUUCCGCAUCCGCACUACACCGUUCGAAUCGCCCACUGCAGGGAAAGUCAAGAGAAUCUAGAAUUUUACAAUGUUGGUAAUCUCGCUGGCAAAAGGACCUCGCCAAGCCCACUACAAAAAUGUUAAUCUUGAUUACUAACGACAGCUACUACAAGAUCACAAGAGCUGUACAAACACCGGAGAAAGUUUACCAAUAUGAUUAAACUGAGAAGGUGAAAGUUCACCUGAGUCAUAAAUAUUAAAAACAAUGGCGCCUUAUCGUAUCGCUGUGGUGGCAACGGUGCUUACCGCAGUAAUCGGUGUCUGCUAUGCCGAAUGCCAGACGAGGUCUGUCUAUUGCUACGAAUGCGACUCCUGGACGGAUUUGCGAUGCAAAGACCCGUUCAACUACACCGCACUGCCGAGGGACCAGCCGCCGCUCAUGACCUGCAACGGGUGCUGCGUCAAAAUGGUUCGGAACGCCAAAUCACCAUGGUGGACCACGUGUGCAUGAUGGAAAGUACCGGCACUGGUCACAUGUGCUUCUGUGAGGAAGAUAUGUGCAACCGCAGUAGAUUUCGCGCUUUACUUCAGAGUAUUAUUACCUUCGAGUCUCGACGGGAUUCCAUUAGACUAA